CUUCGCGAGCUCAGCGUCGCGCUUACCUCUUGCGCACCCAACAACGAUCAAAAAGUGGUGAAGUUUGCAAGCGUCUUGCCACGGCUAAUGGUGCUCCUCAAAUCGAGGUACACUAACCCAGCAUUGUGGCGCGAAGCCAGCGGAGUGCUGCGUCUCUUUGAGGCCAGGUGCUCGCAGAGGGCGGAGACGCUCAGCAGCACCAGCGCCGUUGUCCAGAAGUACCUGGGAGAGGUUGAAGCUUUCCUGACCCAGCACGACCUAGACAUGCCGGACGUUGCCAUCAGCAGAGAGGCCUUCGCUGCUGCGGCCCUGGCCAACGUGCCCCUUGAAGACAUCAUGCUGGGGAUAGGCGCGGGAGCGCGGCAGGGCAUUGACGCCCAUUACGACGACACCGGCCCCAUCCUGGAUGACGAGGAGCGGCGGCGGCGCAUUGAGGGCAGCGCAGGCGUCGGCACCGCCGCUGCCCCCGCCGCAGCGGCGGCGGCGGCAGCCGCGGCGUCCGCAGCUGCUGCAGCGGCGGCUGACGCCGCGGGGGCAGCACCAGUGCCUGCAGCUACAGCCGCAGCUACAGCUACAGCCACGGGCACGGCCGGCGGCACGGAGCCCAGAGCAGGGGCGGGGCCCGGGACAGCUGCGGGGACAGCGGCAGCGGCAGGGACAGGGGAGGGAGCAGAGGUGGUGCAGGGGCAGGGGCAGGGCGGGGAAGGAAGAGGCGCAGGCGCAGGCGCAGGCGCAGGCGCAGGCGCAGGCGCAGGCGCAGGCGCAGGCGCAGGCGCAGGCGCAGGCGCAGGUGGCGAGGUCGGUGGAGGGGGCGCGGGGGCAGAAGGCGGCGGCGGGGCGGCGGCGCCGCGCACACGUGCGCAGCAGCGGGCGGACAUGCAGGCGACCAUCCUGGAGGGGAUACAGGCGGUGUACAGCGGCAUGUCGGCCAUAGCCCGCGGCACCGAGGUCAUUGAGAGGGAGCUGGAUGCAGUGCUGGCGGCGUUGCAGUCUCGAAACGCCGCCGACGCGGCUGCCUCCUCCCGGCCGCCGGCAUCGCGGCGUGUGGUGGCAUCCCUGCCGCGCAUCAAGCUGGAUGAAGCCACGCUGGACAGCAUCGGCAGGGACUCGCAGUGCAGCGUGUGCACGGAGACGCUGGCGGCGGGCGACGAGGUGCAGCUGCUGCCGUGCCGGCACGCCUACCACCCCGACUGCCUCAGGCCGUGGCUGGAGCAGAACAACAGCUGCCCGCUUUGUCGUAAGGAGCUGCCAACGGACGACCCGCGCUACGAGGCCAAGAAGGAGCGCGAGGCGGAGGAGGCGGCGGAUCGCGCCGGCGCCGCCAACGCCCUCAGUCACAACGAGUUCACCUACAUUUGAGAUUGCAGGCAGGCUUGACAGCGGUAGGCCUGUUUCGGCCUGUAGUUCGCAGGCUUGACACCCUUGGGCGUCACUGGCGUAACGAUGCAGCGUGAUCGACGUGUCGAUGAGAUGUGCUCUAGUAUUCAUCUGUACCGUAUGUGUAUAUUGGAGUGAGAGUGUGUCGUGCGCACAGGCGCCGUAUUCAUGUGCGGGUAGCGGCCGGUGGUGUUGGGCUGUGCUUCAACAGCUGGAAUGGGAUUCUGACACGGUGCACGCAUGUUGGAUUUACCAGGUGGAACGCAAACAUAGCGACACGUGUGCAUGGGCCCUUGCGUUGAUGCGCCUGCUGAUGUGUUGGGGCUGGUUGCGGCGGGUUGUGGCGGGGAGCAUGAGGGCUGGUGGACGGGGCAAAUGCACUUCGGCGGUUCGGUCUGCGGACAGGGUUUGGACAUGCGCACGCAUGUCUGUGGUCAAGUCUCUCAUCGCAUCUUCAGACUUAAAGCUGUGCGAAGAGUUACAUCUUCCAUGUAUACUUCAGCU